AUGGACGCCUCACGCCUGCAGGACCUGGGAGAUCUCGAACUCGGACUCUUGGUCUCUCUCGUCGCCGGAGAGCAUUGCAUCUUUGCCACUGCGCCGGAAACGAUCAGUGGUCUGGAACAAGAAAUACGCCUGAUUUGCACGGAAACGUUUGGCCUCCAUCCCGUGACAAUUGAAUGCUCUAGAAAGACAACUGUCGACGAAUUCAACGAUGGCUUGCUCAUUCAGGUCGACGACACCUUCGACGAUACUAGAGAUCGACAUGGACUGGUCGCUAGGCCUGCCACCUCGGUCAACUUCGCCUCUACCAAAGACUCUACUGGGCCCAGACUCGGCAGCGUCGUCGACAAUCUGGAAGACCGCAGAAUUGCAGAUGUCAUCAUUGCGACUGGACUGGAUUCAGCAGAUGAACACGUCCAAGUCCAGGCAUUCGAGCUGCUCCGCUCCAGAAGAAUAUUUACAAGGUCGUCAAUGCACGUGGCUCCUAAGGACCUCCUCUUCAUCGCGAUUCUAUCAAAGCCUGAAGCACGGUUGACUCGCCACUUGAACGACUCCUUCUGCAUGUACCACUUUCAUGGAGCGGAUGACGGUCUGCCCCAUCUCGAGGGCUCGGUCAUCAGAGGCGAGCAGCCUACCUUUCUCUCAGGAGACAUCAAGCUUCUCAAACAGCUCACGGAUGAGGUGCUUCUCUCUGCCGAAAUCGCGCAGUAUCUCCACAAUGUUGUGGUCUUCAUGCGAAACAGUCGCUACAUCAAGAGCGGCGUCACUGCCACUGCGACUCGCCAACUUCGCAUCAUCUCCAGAGCACUUGCUCCGCUUCAUGGCAUGAACUAUGUGCCGCCUUCGCUUGUUGCGCUGGCUGCACGUAAGAUCUACCCUCAUCGCCUGGUGCUGGCGACCGCCGAGAAUGAGAAGAGUCUGCUGUGGGGAAGCGAUCCGGAGGCGAUCAAACAGCUCCUGGAUGGCGUGACAGUCGAAGAUGUUAUAGAGGAAGUACUGGCAAGCCUCGAGGCGCCACUGUAA